CUCAGUGAGAGGAGCGUCAUCCCCAGCAGAGACAUGUCUGCCCCCGGAUGCUGCCGAGUCACAAGUGAAUUCGCAGUGCUGGAGUAAGCUCAUCUCUAGCGCCAGUACCUCUAUUCAGGUGGUCUGUCUGCCUCAGUCCAUCCUGGACACAGACAGGGUCCCACCUCCUUCUGGACAUGACUCCAUCAGUACCUGUACAGAGGGAGACACAACAGAGCUGGAUACUUUAAAACAGAGCCUGAGUUCAGAGAAAAAAAUAGGAAAUGGACCUGGACAAGCCUCCAUCAGGACUACAGAGAUGAAGCAGGGCCCCACUGGAAUGUGUCUGCCUUCUGUUCCUUCACAAACUCUGGGAUCUACAGUCCAGAACAUAACUGCCGUGGGAAACUCCAGUGCCCAGGUGUAUCAGUUCCAGCCCACUGGCAACACAGAGGACAGGCUUGCGGAAACUGAGGCUAGUCUGCUCAGUUUGGCUAACCCUAGGGACAGCAGCAGCAGUGUGGAGCUCACCAUGGCUACAGUUGGAAUAUUUAAGCUGGCCUCCCGGGACAGCAGACGAGUACAUUGGACAGAGUCCAUCAAAUAUGACGAUUCUUCUUCCAAGGGCUUUAUUAUUCCUUCACCAGUGCCAGCUGGGAUGAACAGUGCGUCCCUACCUCCAUUAACUGUACAUGAGAGCCUCCGGCAUCCUGUGACUGAAGCUAGUUUUACAGUCCAAGAGAUGCUUAGUUUCAAGAAGCUUGAUAACCCUCCACAGACUGCCUUGGCUGGGGAGCAAGCAGCAGUAGCUAGUCUCCCAGACCCCCAGCAGGCCAAAACAGAAGCUGCAGAAGAUGAGGAUCAUGAGAAACUACAUGGAGGUCAGUCUGCCAUUGAUCACAACACCAUGCAGAGAAUGGUCAAUACAGAGAAUGUGACACCAGUAAAUGUCACAGAAAAUGCUUUAGAUGAAACAAUUGAAAAAGCCCAGUUGAAAAGUCAUAGAGGUGGAGUAAGUUCUACGAGCAGUAACAUAAUGCUCAAAGCUCAAGGUGAAGGAGCUGACAUUCCAGAGAAGGGAGACCUAGAUGUUGAAAAGGACUCAGAAGGUGUCUGUAAAAGCAUUCAGAUGGCUGGAGGAAGAAAAGUGGAUGAAGGAGGAGAAAUGGAUGGUAUACAUAAAGUGGAUAGAGAACGGGAAGAGACUAAAGUCUGUGUGUCAGAUGGGUCAGAUCCUUUACAGAUUCCCGGUGGAGAUCUUAAAGAAUCAGAGGACCCUGACAGACUUCAGGAGACACCUUCAACCAAUAACUUGUCUGUUGAUCCAGAAUCAAAAAUGGUUCAUUUUCAAGAGAUUCCCUCUUCUGCAGCAUCUCCAAACCAGCUCAUUACUACUGAGUCUGACAGAGUGUCUCAGCAUGCAUUUCAGAAGGGGCCCAUCUCUGACCAGCAACAGUCAAGUCCUGAAAAAUUAUUGACCAUGACCUCCUUGCAAAUCUCCCUGCAGACAAAGCUGGAUCAGCCCUCUAACCAAUUAAAUCAAUCCAUUAUUCAUGACAGGCUUAUCACAGAGACAAUGGAGGGCAAGGAGGAAUCUCUUGUUCCUGCUAAUGGUCCUGUUGUAUCUCAGGCUGCUGUUCAAGAGAUUCCAACCCUUGACAAUGAAUCUACUCUGUGCCUGAGGCUUCCGGGACCCAUGUUGAGUCAUUUGGAAUUCAUCAAUGACCGUGACGUCUCACUUCCUGGACAGAAUAGUCAUCAUGACAGCCAUGACACCAUCCCACGCUCUGAAGAAGUCAGAGCUGAAGGGAGUGGGCAAAUGACACAAGCAUCAACAACAUCAACAAAAGAAUCAAUAUCAACUCAGCCUCUGGAGGAUAGUGAUGUGAGAACCAGACAGGAUGUGAAUGAUAGGACAGUGAGGGAUGAAAAGGUCCUAGAAGAAGAGAUGAAGGAAAACAGAGAAAAAACACUGGAACCCUUAUCUAAAUUGUCUCUUGGUUCUGUUAUACAUAUGAAUAUCCCCUCAGAGUACAACAUCACAGCUCCACAGAGUGGGAGAGAACUCCAUGAUAUCUUGUACCAGUCCCAUGAUACAGCACUGCUAAUGUCUGAUUCUGACAUUCAGCCAUCUAACAUUGGACCAGAGGCCACAAAUGUCCAACCUUGUAGGAGUGAGGUGUCCAUUAAAGAUGAGGUCAUCAAUGUAAGCCCGCCUCUGACGUCGGAGCUGCCCCUUGGCCGGGCUUUUGGUGAAAACACAGAGGAUGAACAAGGAGAACUGCAGGAAGAAAAACGUAAAGAAGACAUUAAAAACAUCACACUCUAUGAGAUGGGAAAAAAGGGUAGUGAGGAAGGCCACAGGACAAUAAAAAUAAAUCAAGCCUGUACUCAACUGCAUAAUGGAGCUGAGAAGGAGGCUGGGGAGGAAACAGAGCUACACUCAAAGAAGAAAAAGAAACAAAAGCGGAAACAAAGACAGAAGGAUGUACAAAGAGUGGCCAUACAGAAGGAUGACACAAGCGGAGGGAAAAAUGUAGAAGAUGAGUGUUUGUCCGCAUCUGCUCCUGACCUCAGUUCCACACAGGUUGCUCAGCAACAGAAACAUGGACAGGAACAGCAUCAGCUGGGAUUCAGAGACUCCUCAGAUGACAACAAAAACCUGUUACCAGCGGUAACUCAAGUGGCUGAGAGGCCUGAUGGGAGUUUGAGUCAGUCAGGAGACAUGGAUGACAGAGAUGACGACAGCUGUAUCAUGGAUGGAGAGAGAGGUCCAGGAGGAGAGAAGGGGCAUAAAAAGUUGGAGGUGGAGUUACCAAUUACAUCAUGUGAUCAAAGUAUUAGCAUGUCUUCAUAUACCCACUGUGAUGGAAACAGCUGUGCAGAUAUGAAGAGAGUCACCUCAGUUAGAGAGACAGAGACAAAGACAGACUGUCCUGAAAGUGAUAAAAUACAGAGGUCUGAUGAGAAUCAUAGCAUAGGGCCAAGAUUGGUCGAACUGGAUUUAAUGUGUAAAAAACCUCAGACACAAAAGACCCUGAUAGCAUUGGAGGUUAGAAAGGUGGAGGAGUGGACCGAAGCUCUCAGAACAGGGGUAGCAUCAGCUUGUCAAGGUCAAAAUGGAGAAAGCGAGACCCCAGCCAAUAACACAAAAGCUCCUAUUGUACCUUUAUCACACACACAGGAAAGCACAGCACUGAAAUGUCCUGUUCUAGUCAGCUUGGAUGACCAGAUGUCUAGCAUCGAGGCCUCACCCAGGCCAGACCAGAUCCAGGAAUUUCCUGUAAAAAUAACCAGCAACGCCAUUACUCCAAUGAAUCUGUCUCUGGUAAACACAGAGCCUAUGGCAGAGGAAACCUGUUCUGAUGUGGUUUUGGGAUCCAGUCGUGGAAUCCAGCAGAGAGGUCAGGAUGUAGUGUGUGACACUCCUGUGCUUCAAAGCAACAAGAAAGAAACAGACACACAAAGCCUCACAGCAACAGGAACCCUUAAAAAAAGCCCUUAUUCAGAGGCAGACAACAGAAAAAAGGAAAAAAAGGAGAUUAAGACCAAAGAGGACAAAGAGCAAAAGGAGGAACAAGGGCUAGCUCAGAAUGCGGAAGUCGGAGAGCCAACAGGGCAAAUCUCUGUAAAUGCAGGACCUAUCCCAAUACUUUGCCCUGCUCCUGCCCCAGCACAGGCUGAGAAAGACACUGACUGGCUAGUAAAAGCCCUCCGUGAUGCAGUUGCCCACUCUCAGACUGAACAUCAGAACAGAGAAAAGACUGAUAAGAUCAUGCCAACCAGAGCACUCCAGUUUCUGGAGUCUCCCCAGGCUGAGUACCGGACCCCCACAGAGGAAAUUACUACUCCUCUUGGCCAGCAGGACAACAUAGCAGAGAGCCCAGCAGAGAGUACAUCAAAAGUUCCUACAGUAGACAAGUCGGGGGAAAGUGGGUGCUUCUUGACAGAACAAGUGGCUGACUCUGCUCCUUCUCCUAAUUCUACUCCUCCUUCUCCGGCUACCUCUGCCUCCACUCCUGGUGGACACAGCUUCCCACCUGCCCUCCCUCCCUACCUCCUUCAAGACACCACAGAGUUCCCCACUCCUCCCCCCACGCCCCCAGAGAGGCCUGCUCCUGCAUCCUCUCAGACCUCUUCAGUCCCAGACCCUGCCUCAGCCCCAGACCCUUCUCCAGCUCCUGUCUCAGCCCCAGCAUCUUCCUCAGGUCCAGACCCUGCCUUAGCCCCAGACCCUUGCUCAGCCCCAACCCCAGGCCUUGCAUCAGUCUUGCAUCCUGCUUCAGCCCCGGAUCCUUCCUCCCCAACUCCUCCUCCAGUUCCAGCCUCUGGCAAUCAGGAGAAGGAACCCUUUUUCACUUCCUGUCCUCCCAUAAACAGGAGCUCAGACUCAGACGGAGCGUUUGAGACCCCUGAGUCGACCACCCCAGUGAAGGCUGUGUCGCCCAUCCUGCCUCCCUCAGAGACUGAGCACCGCUCCCUGCAGCUCACUUCAGAGGACACAGGUUGCAUCUCAGGCACUGGAUCAGUAACAGACAGUGAUCCAGCGUCAGACCUUCCUCCAGGCCGUCCUCCUAGUCGCUCGCUCUCCAUAGUCUUUGAUGAGGACAAGCCUAUUGCUGCCAGUGGCACCUACAACUUUGAAGUGUCUACUGCUGGGUCCCCCAGCCGUGCCCCUCUAACCCGUUCUCUCAGCCUUCAGGCAGGGGAAUUUGACGACUCCGGCUCAACAGACAGGUCUGUCACUGGAGGCUUCCUUCCCACUGCAAAGCCCUUCAGUGUAGGCACUGAGAGCGCUCCAGGGACACUACUCAGAGCCAAGAAAGUCUGUCCUGGAUCCUUGAAGAAGAAGCCUCUACUUAGGCAGAGCUCCAACCCUGAGAGCCCCCAGCCCACUUCUUCUUCCAGCACACCAGAGGUGAAGAAGAGGGCCAAGCCCAGGGCUGCCAGCCCUCUGCAGAGCCAGGAAGGGUCAGACGGAUAUAGCCCUGGGGGCACCCUAUGCAGGGCUCGCAACAAGCCUCGUUUGGAGACCCCACCCCUUCUCCCUGAGGAGACCAAUCACACAAGCCCAGAGGAGGUCCAACCUAACCUCUCCUUACCCCUGUGCCAGGAGAAAGCCCCUCUCCCUGUGCCAGAGCCACCAGUGACUGAAGAGGAGUCCCCCCUCCCCCCAAGUGGUUCCUACAAAUGGGACCCAGAAAACUUUGAGGAGAUCAACCCUUUCAACAGCGGUGGGAGCAAGAUAGCCAACUCCCCCGUGCUGGGAAGGAAAGGACCAGUGCCUGCCUCUAACCUUUCACCCCCAAAGAGCCCCCCUGUCCCUGCAGAGGAACCAGCCAACUCAGACCUCCCUGUCACCCCCCUCACAGGCUCAGUCCCCAACCCUGAGGAGGUACCCAUCCUACCCAAGCGUCAGCCGGUGAGGCUGGAAUUUGACUACUCCGAGGAGAACGGUGAGGCACCCCGCCAGGCCUCACCACCGCCCAAGAAGCUGGGCAAGAAGCCAGGCGCAAAGAUGCCCUUGAGGAAGCCCAGACUGGGGCUAAAGAAAGCCCCCCCACCACAGAUGGAGCCUCUGGGAAACGCCACCUCAUACCCCAACAUUGAUGAUGACAUUCCCAUCCCCAAAGCCACCUACAACUUUGACCCUAACAAGUCGGAAGACCCAAACUUCAACCCCUUCUCCUCUAAAAGCGGCAUUCCCAACUCGCCCAAGUUGUCCCGGCCAUCCUACAGCUUCCAAGCAGAUUUGUUUGAUGACACCAUAGACUCUUUCAAGUCCUCAAAUAAGAUGACCAGCUCCCCACCCAAAGCUGGGUCUGCCUCCUUUGAAGUUACCAAUGACAAGGAUGUUGAAAAUGACAAUGACAACGUUGGAGAGCUGCAGGACCACAACCAGAACAAACCAGCCAAAAAGAAGAAAACGCCCAUCAAGUCGAAGUCCAAGGGUGUGUCUUCUCUAUGUUGUCUGUUUAACACUUUCAGAGUGAAGAGGUCACCGAAAAGAUCCCCUAUGUCUGAUCCAUCAUCACAGGAGCCCACUCCGGAGGAUGAGCCUCCCUCACCCCCACUCCAGGAUGACCAUGCCACAGACGAGGAGAAGCUCGCCUCCUCCACCAAUCAUAAGUGGGCGGCUCUCCAUGACGUGGAGUCGGAGCUGACCUCCGAUACCCAGGACUUUCCUCAGCCGUCUGACCUUACGUCCUUUGUAAACGAAAACAGUUUGCCUCCCCAGACCCACGACUAUGAGAUUGAGUACAUGGAGAAGAUUGGUUCUUCCUCACCUCCUCGGUCAGUGAAGAAGCCUUCUCUGUACCUGAAGUUGGAGUCUGUAUCAGACAACCUGACAAAGACCUGCUCCCAUGGUUCUGAGCCCAACUCACCAUGCACAGGGAGUUUUGAGGAGAUGGAGGCCCAGAUCACAGCAGGGAUAAAGACCCCAGUGCUGAACUCCAGACCUGGUCCAGAGGGUUCUGCUGUAAACAAGGGCAGGAAAAGGGAGAGCCAGGAGCUGAGCCGCACACACAGUGCUGACAGAGAUGGAGUGCCCCCCUCCCAGAGCUUUGUGGAGCCCUUGGCCCAAGCCGCACCCCUGUUAGACAGGCUGCCAGCGAAUGACAACCCCCUGCAGUACCUGGAGCCUGACCUGGCAGAGACCAACCCCACAGCCUUCGCCCUCAAACUCCAGGAGGAGCUGGUGCUUGCUGCUCUGAGGAUAGAGGCUCUGCAGGUAGCCCAAAACAUCUCUCAGUGCCCCUCCCUCUCCACUGUAACCCCCCAGUCUCUCCUCAAGAAGCCCAGUUUACGAAGGUGGAAUCUCAACAGUAUACCCCUAGUCAAACAGAGGGAGAGAGAGGUAGCAUCUCCCAGAGAGAGUUCAGUGUCUGAGGGCUCGCUCUACACCAGCAGGCCAGCCUACACCCAGCAGGAGAGCCCCUACCUGCCCCGAGACCUUGACCAGUCCCUCGGCAUUGCACGGGAAGAGAUUGUGACAAAAGAAAAGGAGGUGUUGGAGUGGCAGAGGAAGUAUGAAGAGAGUCAUCAGGAAGUGGUGGAGAUGAGGAGAAUCGUUGCAGAGUAUGAGAAGACUAUUGCACAGAUGAUAGAGGAUGAGCAGAAGGAAAAGUCAUUGUCUCACCACACUAUCCAGCAGUUGAUCGUAGAGAAGGACCAGGCUUUGGCAGACCUCAACUCAGUGGAGAAGUCACUGGCCGAUCUUUUCCGCCGCUACGAGAAGAUGAAAGACGUGCUGGAGGGCUUCCGCAAGAAUGAAGAGGUUCUGAAAAAGUGUGCCCAGGAGUACCUGUCACGGGUCCGUAAGGAGGAGCAGCGCUACCAGGCACUCAAGAUCCAUGCUGAGGAGAAACUUGACAAGGCCAAUACAGACAUAGCCCAGGUGAGGACUAAAGCCAAGCAAGAGCAGGCAGCCUACCAGGCCAGUCUGAGGAAAGAGCAGAUGAAGGUGGACUCCCUAGAACGUACACUGGAGCAGAAGAACAAAGAGAUUGAGGAGCUAACGAAGAUCUGUGACGAGCUGAUCGCCAAGAUGGGAAAGAGCUAGCAGCACUGCUGUUUCUGUGUUCUGUGUAGUCAUCCUAGGAGAGAAGAUGACAGGAGGAAAAGGGGAACGAAAGAAGAGAGAGAUUACAUGAAUGGCUCUUUGGAUAGAUGGACAUCUCUGGCCAGAGCGAUCUCUUGACUUUCUCCCUGUAUAGUACAGUACCCUACCCACUGGAAUGACUUCACUGUUCACCCUGAACAUUUUGAUGUGUAAAUGUGUAUACGUUUCCUGUAUCAGGGGUCAGUGAAAGGUUUUAGAAACGUAUUCCAUAUCGUAAAAGAGACUGUGUGAGAGAAAGAAAGUGUGAGUGAGUUACUUAAAAAAAAAAAAAUAUGUAAGAGUUUUAUGUUGAUGAGUUGAUAAGAAUUAUGUUGCCAUGACAGCCACUGAGGGGAACGACUGUUUAUCCACCUUACUGUAUCUUAGAGAAAAUGAAAGACUUGUGAAAAAACUGAGAGAUAGUGUGUACAUACAGUAUAUGGCACAUUUAGACUUUACACCUUAUCCCAGAAUAACUGCAUGUGGAAGUGGAUGGAUAGUUCCUUUUGUAUAUUAUGCAGAUAAAAAGUACACACCUGCAUUUUUUAUACAAUUUACUGUUAGUUCAAACAGCUUUACUUGUGUAAUCUUGUAGAUAGUUGAUGUGAAUUUAAUGUCAUAGCUACCUUAAAUUUUAUUUUGAUAUAUAACUAAACUAAUUGUCAGUUAAGAUUGCAGGGUAAUUUACUUUUUGAUCAAUUUGUCAUAGUCCUGCUAUGGUUGGCGUGUCUCACUGAGAGGGUUGAGUCCACAGUGCACAGCUACACUGCACAGCAUCUGCUUACAAAGUGCAAUAAAAAUGGCAAUACACA